AUGUCUGGUAAGUCAGAAGAAGUUUUAAUAGUGUUUGCUGAAUUUGUUGAAUCUACACAUGGCAAAAGACAAUUAUGUUACCUCGGUUAUCGAUAUUCUCUCAAACGUAAAAACCAAAAUGAUUCAGAGUAUUGGGUAUGUGUGAAGCGUAACUCCACGGCAACAAGUUAUUCGGACUCGUCGGUCGUAGUGCGUGACGAUCAUACACAUUUACCUGAUGGAACUGAUAUGGAAAUAUUACAAAUUAGAAAAACUUUAAAACGUAAAGUUAUGAAAGAAUCUGGCCCAAUAGAUCGUAUAGUCGAAGAAGCAUACCACGCCGCUAAUCGUCAGUCUCAAUCCAGUGAUUUGAUUAUUAGCUUACCGUCGAUUCGUAUAAUGAAAAAUACAUUACAAAAACAACGUCGUAAGACUCGCCCACCAAUUCCCCAAUCGAUUGAACAACUUCCGUAUCCAUUACCCGACGUUUAUUGCAAAACAACAAAGAGUGAGUUAUUUUUAUUAUAUGAUGGGUCACUUGGUGGUACUCGUUCACUCGUUUUUGCGUCCUAUAAUGAUAUCGUUUGUCUAUCACAACAAGAACACUGGUACAGUGAUGGUACAUUUUAUACAUGUCCAUCCAUUUUUUAUCAAAUAUAUUUGAUUCAUGCAUAUCACGAUGGAAUGUCAACCCCAUGCGUUUUCGCGUUACUUGGAGGUAAGUCAGAAGAAACUUAUGUUGAUUUGUUUUCAGUACUUUUCAGAAAAAUGUCCGCAUUCCAGUUAGUUAUCAAGUUACGAACUAUUACAAUUGAUUUUGAAUUAGGUGUUUCCAGUGUAUUUACCAAGUAUUACCCAAGUAUUAUUGUUAGAGGUUGUUUAUUUCAUUUUGGACAAAGUCUAUAUCGUAAAUUUGUUGAUCUUGGUUUAAAAACACAAUACAAAGAUGAUGAAAACCUACGUGAUUGGUUCAGAUCUUUUGCAGCAUUAUCGUUAUUACCAUUAAAGCAUAUGUUAUGGGGUUUACAGUACCUAAUUCGUACGCAACCAGACUAUCCAGGUAUUCGAGGAUUUAUUGAUUAUUAUCAUAAUACAUAUGGACCAUUCAGUCGAUUUCCGCCUCAUAUGUAUAACCAUUAUCGUAAUAUAACACCUCGAACAAUUAACUAUUUGAAAGGUCGACAUUCUCGAAUGAAAAAACACGUAAGUUCACCUCAUCCAAACAUUUAUAUUGCUAUUGAUUUACUCCAAAAGGAACAAUCACUAGCAUCGAUUGCACGAGUACGAGAUGGUAUAGGCGCUCCAGCUCCAAAACGUCGAAAAAACAAAGUUAUAACAGAUGAAUGUCUAAUGAAAUUAUGGCAACGUUAUGAUGACGGUCGUAUUGACAUUCCAGCGUUCUUGAAAGCUGCCGGUAUGAGAUAUUUUCAACGUCCAUCAAAAAGUUAA